AGCGGGCCUGGACGCGAAAGGAAAGGCAUCUGAGUGUGCGACAUUCUAGGCAUCCCGCCACAGUUACUCUACGCUAAAAUCGGAUUUGAUUUUGUACCAGGGGAAUACAGCCGCUAUAUACACUCUCUACCAAGCAUGACUUUACUAACUAGAAGAGUCAACCAUGGAGAUCGCGCCUCGAAAAGCUGGGCGGCCCCUUGUUGGGCUUCAAUUGAUGACGUCUCUCGGAAGUAGUUUCGGUCACUCGUCGGGAGAGAUUCGCGCGCCGGACUUGGGUCUCGUCAUGGAGAGCCUCGAGCGGGACUUGUCGUGCCCCGUGUGCCUGGAGAUGUUCAACAAGCCGGUGCUGCUGCUACCCUGUCAGCACAACCUGUGCCGACACUGCGCCGAGGACAUCCUCACCAACAUGGGCGGCUGGGCGCGCUACGGCGGCUCCUUCAAGUGCCCGACGUGCCGGGAUCAAAUCACCCUGGGUCGCCAGGGACUAGACGGUCUCAAACGGAACAUUCUCGUGGAGACGAUCAUUGAAAGCUACCGAGUGGCGCAGUCGGCGGGCAUCAAGACGGCCCCUCCCGGCGGCGGGGCGUACUGCAGGGACCACAAGGACGAGAGGGUGAACCUGUACUGCGUGACGGACGAGAGGCCGAUAUGUGGGCUGUGUGUCAUCGGACAACACAACCAGCACAACAUCAUCGAGCUGCAGACGAUCUUCAAGGAAAAGAAGGAAAAGAUAGAAACGGAAAUGAACAGACUUCAACAGAAGAACAGUGAUAUGUCCAAGGAGAUGUCAGACAUACAGGCAACUUUAAGGAUAAUAGAGGGUGAUCCCGGCUCGCGAAGGAAAUUCAGAUCCAUUUACGGACUGCACGACGGGGCAGACGUUGAAAGUAAAUGUAAAGACACGAAGGCAAAGUUGCUAUCGGAGUGCGAGUCGCUGAUCACGUUGAUAAACGAGCGGAAGGACGCGCUGGUGGAGAAGCUGGAGAAGGAACAACGCGAGAGUAGCCGGACGCUCAGGGAGCAGAUAGCCUCCAGACAGACCCGGCUCGACAAGUCCAAGAAGACGGCCGCCUGGGUCGAGGACAUGCUGGGCAAAAAGGACGUCGCGCAGUUUAUACAGAAUGUACCAGAACUUGAAGAGAAAAUAAGUAAAGAGAUCGCACAGGAGGUGGAGCCCAGGUCGGAGGAAGCCGAAGCCAUCAUCCGCUGGGAUGUUAACUUCUCAGCAGAGAGGGAGCUGAUCGGCAAGAUGGACUUCUGCCAAGGUGAGGAAGUCCCUUUCCAAGACUUGGUGGCGAAGUACGUCAAAACUCCACUGACGAACGACACCGAGGACGACGCCUGCUGCGCCGGCAACCGAGAGGACGACGCCUCCCCGUCUCCGUCCACAUCGUCGUCCUCGUCUGACGGGCGGUCUUCCCUGCUGGACACCCCGAGGAGACGGGAUUAUCGGUCUGCUGAUCGUGAUUCUGAUUAUUCUUCUCUGUCGUCUUCCUCUUAUCUUUCCCGCUAUGAUUCCCGCUCUCGUUCUCCCACCUUCUCCUAUGACUCCUCUACCCCUCGCACUGCCCGUCGCUCUUUCCUUGACUCCCUGUCCACGUCCUCCUCGUCUCGGUGGUCGUCCUCUCGAGACUACAAUUCUAUCCUGUCUCGGUCGUCCACCCGGACCACGGCUGCGGACGACCUGUCCAUGUCUCCCCGCCCCGCUCGCAGGCAGCUCCGCCGCUACACAAGAUCGCACACAUCCUUAGACACAUCGUCAGCAGAUCUUUCAGAUUAUAGAAGUAGUGUAAGAGGACUUAUCGGUGACAUUAGGAAUUCGUUAGAUCGUGAUCGUGCACGUGAGGCUGACCGUGACGAUUCUUCCGACUUCAGGAGUUCUCUGAGGGACCGAGGCUCGUCGGCCCUAGAUAGAGCCGACAGAGCAACGACCUCCUCCCCGGCAGAUGACGACUUUGGGAGCGCCCUCAGGGCGCGCCGAACGGCCGCAGCCUCUGCGUUAGAGAGAAUCGAGAGAACGACUGCGGCAUUGCUUGAUGAUGCUUCAGACUACCGAAGCCCGAGCUCGUACAGAACAACCUCAGCCCUGGACAGAGCCAACUCUGCACUGGAAAGGGGUUCUUCCGCCCUGGAAAGGACGUCGGCGCUACUGGAGGGAAGAAGGGCCGAGAGAACGGAGAGAGCCUCCGCCAUUCUUGGAACAGAAAGAGAUAGAGACAGAGACAGAGACAGAAAUGAGAGCUUGUCAACUUCUUCUAGACAUGACGAUAUCGACACGUCUGCCAUGUCGCUGUUGAGCCGGAGUGCGGCGCUGAGGAGGUCGGCAAUGGCGCGACAGUCUUCAUCGGAAACAGCAGACGCCGAGGCAACAUCGUCCGAAGCAAGCAGCAGAUCUGCAGCUGGAGGAUCAGCCCCAGAAGCCCCAGAAGGACCCGUGACCACUUCAGAUACUCCAGCAGUUGUCCCCCCAAGUGACGUCCCAUCCAGUACUAGUGAAAAGCGAGGUUUGCUAUUCCGAUUGGAUCCCAAAACGGCGCACAGAGACCUGAAGCUGACGAACGGCAACCUUACCGUGGAGUGGGACCCGGACUACGACAUCGACGUAGAGGAUAGUGUGGAGCGAUUUCUCGGGUACAGCGUGGCCGUGCUGGGCGACAAGGCCAUCUCGUCCGGUCGCCAUUACUGGGAGAUUGACGUGAGCGAGAGCCGCACCUACCGCAUCGGUGUGUGCUCCCGAGACGCGCAGCGGGACAGCAUCAUCGGCAACACCGAGGACGGCUGGGUGCUGCGCCGCAACGCUCGCGAGUACACGCUCCGGCACGACGUCAACUCGCCCGUCCGACUGGCCAUGCAGCACGACCUGGACAAGAUAGGAAUUCUCUUAGACUACAACAGAGGCGAGCUCGCCUUCUACAACGCAGAUAUCGGACUGAGACUGCACACGCUGAAAGCACACUUCGUGUCUCCGAUUUGCCCGGCAUUCUCUCUGUGGGACGGUGUCGUCACUGUGGUCUCCGGAUGUCCAUGGCCAGACUUCCUUCUGAAUUAACACAGAUAAACACUUUACUUGAUUAACUAAAGAAACCACCUUUUUGUAUAUGCUAUACACAAAGAUUAAUUGAUAUUUUAUGCCAAACACCACCCUGUUGCAUUGGGUCUGGAUUUUUAGUUGGGCACUUGAGGUUUUCAUCAGCUUUCGACUAGAAAUGCUGUAGGCAAUGCUGCAAAGGAAACAAACCUUAAGCAUUUCACUUGCGAUCAAUGAGAUAGGGGUAUCAUUCUCCAGACCAUGAUAGCCUCAGUAAUAAGUGAUAUCUAGGUCCACGCAGCUGCCUCGUUGCUUUAGUCUAGAACUGUAAUGUUACUUCUCAAAGUAGAAGAAGGAAAAUUACUUUGUGUGAACCACUAGCCUUUUCUUAAGCAUGUACAAAAAGAACAUAAAUAAAGCAACGUUAACCAAUCUAAGAAAAUCGUCAAUGUAAAAAAAAUAAGAAACAAGAAACAACUAUCCUCAAACCCUUGCAUUUGAUGGGGGUGACGGAGAAUUCAGACAAUGAUGUAUUUUUUCAUGAUGAUAGCAAUUAUUUUCACGAUAUGUACCGACUACGAACGUAGGUGUGUACUGAUGUAACGUUAGUUGAAGUAACUGAGAUUAAUCAUUGAAGAAGAAGAUGGCAGUACCGAACACACGAACCCGUCAUGUUCAGGCCGCCAUAGUUGUCUGACUUGCCGUUGACCUUGACUCUAUCACAGUGUGUGUCCUGACUGUACCGUGCAAGCAGACUAUGAGAAGCACACGAAGCAGAUGAGAGUGCAAUAGUUUUGUCUGAAAUACGUGCCAAAUAAAGACAAACUAUUCCAGAAGUUGCAGAUAGGAAAGAGCCUGUAGUGUGAAUAAGGCGAUAUAAAAGGAAGACCGGUCUAGACCAGAUAUGUGACGCCAUUAUCAGUUGUGUGUGUAAAAUAGACAUACUUAGACAUUCAUAUCGAUGGAGUCUUCAGUAAUAUCUAGAAGUUACUUCUACUUUGUGUAGAGAUCGUGCAUACAUUCAAAUAUCUACAUAUCGUUUUUCUUAUGUUUGUGGUGAAGUACCUAUCACAACAAUGUAUAACUAUUAUUGUAGCCGCAUCGCCACAUGGAAAUGACAGACAGACCAGUAUCAUGUUUCACUGACGCUGCUCAUGAAUAGUAACAAAAUCCAGUGACAAAGCAACAUUUUUCCAAUCUUACUGAACCUAUUUGCUGAUACAAAUCGUUCUGGAGAUGCAGCGCCUGCCUGUCAAUUAGAUACUGGUGAGUUUCCACAACUGUACCCAUAGCUAUCUGUAUCAAAAGCAUCACCAUUUGGUGAUAUCUGCUAUCACUGCUGUCAAAAAAAUAAACUUCUCAUUUCAGA